AUAAUAUCACUCGACAUUCAUACCACAUUAAAUAAUUUUCCCUUUUCUGGUGAAAAAAUAAAUUACUUUUGAUACAAUCAUUAAGAAAUUGCUUUUCAUGUAAUCAUCUUCAUUCUAAGAACGAAGAAACAAAUAAAAAUUUUUAUCAUCCUGCCUUAAAUCAGAUCUUCAUCAUUUUUUUGCACCCCUUUUGCGGUUUAAUACAUAGGAACUGCUGGAAAUUUAGAAAUAUAUCUGUGACACUUCUCUCCUAAUGCAGAGUUAAGAGUGUGAUGGGCCAUUUGGAUGGUCGUCAUGAAUUUCCUAGGUUUUGUAUUGGUGGGUUCCUUGACCAUCUUCAUCAUCUACUUUUUGACCGUGUUAGAAUCUUGAAUAGCUUUCUUCAUACAGUACUUCACCAUAAAAUUAACAAUUAUAUUCACUUUUGCGGGCAUUGGAAAUCCAGCUGGGACCAUGGAUAUGAAAGCAUGUCUUCUACAGAAGUUCAGUCCAGUAGAGCGAAAUCAGGUAAAAAUUAAUACAAAAAUCUUUUAAUGUUAACGAUGACUUCUGGUUGUUUUGGUGUUUCUCCAAGCACAUGUUUAAUACAAUGAACAUGUAGGACACAAUAGCUAUCAGUAUCGAUAUUGAGCUGGCUUCUUCUAUUUGUUAUCAUAAUCCCCACUGAACUCAAUUCAAGUUACGGUCAUAAAUAGAUGAGAUGUAGAAGGUGGUUUAGAUGGAUGGUUUCAUCCAUAAAAUUGUAAGAUUUUGUACUAAUGAAUUGAUCCCACAUUCCCUCUAACUCUCUAUAGCCAUAGGGUAACUUUGAUUACCUGCUUUGGCUUGUUGGAGAUUGGUUUACAGUUGAUAAUAAUUUCUACUGUUAUUUGCUAUAUGAACAGAUUGAUGCAGCAUUGGAACAGGGAGUUGAAGCCAUAUGCACGCUAGUUCUCAAUGGAUUCAAUCACAAUAUUAGUAGAUUUAAUUUGCUGCAGAAAUACAAGUAUCACAAAGUUUGAUCAUCCUGGACAAAGGAUACGGAAACAAGGUACAACUGGACUGACCAGUGUCAAUCAUGGCAUAUAACCAUACAUGUAGAGAAAUUUCCCGAGUGCAAAGAUGAAAUUCCCUGUUGCUUUCCUAACACCAACACCCAUUUUUUGUCCUCAAUGAACUUUUUACCUUUCAACCAUCUGGUUGUUUUUAUGUACAUUAGUUCCUCUGUAAUUUUCUGCAACAAUUGUAUCUAGCUUCUGUUCGUAGUCUUUUAUUUUAUAAUUUAGAUUGAAAAACAAGUAUCAUAGAAUGGGAGCAGUCAUAAAUAUCAGAAAAUUUA